ACCAAUUAUGGUUUAGAGGAUCUAUUCUAUAGACAUGGAGUGGAUAUACAAUUUUACGGACACAAACAUCUAUACGAGAGAUCGUAUCCGUUAUAUAACUUGAAAUCGUCGAAACGGACUGAUAUCUACACUAACCCUAAGGCACCCAUUCAUAUAACGACUGGCGUUGCCGGUACCACAAAUAGACCCAAUUCUGAUAUCGAGGAGAUUCUGCCCGAUUGGGUAGCGUUUUAUUCCCGAGACUAUGGCUAUACCCGUAUGAAUGUACAAAACAAGACACAUCUGCUCUUUGAACAAUACUCUGCAGAAAAUGACAAAAUUGUGGAUCAAUUUGUUGUUACGAAAGACAAGCAAAAUUUCCCUCGAGAUUAGUUCAUUUUGAUAACAUGAUCAAAAUUUUGUAUUAAA